AUGAGAUAUAAAGACUUAUUAAACACUAAUGAUAUUCUUCAUUUAUUAACUACUAAACUAAACUUCACUCCAAAGCAGAUGGGGAAAACUCAGUAUAAAAAAAUUGGGCUUGAGGAGUCACUAGUGGAAAUUAGUAAACUAGGAUAUUUUUCCUUGGCUGGUUGGCAAGAGAAAAAAAAACAAGAGCAGAAAGGCAAAAACAGAGUCUUUUAUCUAAAUUCAUUAGUAACUGAUAUCUAUCAACACAAUUUAUUUACCAUUCCCGGUCAAGAAGUACUUAACUACCUUCAAAAAAAGCGUCGCUUAGAUCAUUUAAUGGUUACUCGUUUUUCUCUUGGUGAUAAUCGAACUAGCGAUUUUUUUCUUGAAAAUCAGUUAAUCAUUCCAUUGGCGAAUGAAGAAGGCAAAAUUAUUGCCUUUGCCGGUCGGAAAAUUGAAGAAAGUGAAGUCAGCGAAGGAAAAUAUAAAUACUUACCAAGUCAUCAGCAUUAUCAUAAAUCUUCUUUGCUCUACAAUUAUUCCACGGUUAAAAAGAGCCGCGAAGAGGAAAUAUAUUUAGUUGAGGGAUUUUUUGAUGUAAUUAGCUUGACCGGGUUAGGCAUAGAAAAUUGUGCGGCUAUGCUCGGAACUAAUUUAUCAGAAGAACAAAUUAAACUCUUGGCAGAUUUACAAAAAAAAAUUAUUCUUUUCUUGGAUGGCGAUAAGGCUGGAAAAGAAGCUACUAUUAGUGCUUUAGUGAAAUUAUUGCUGCGAGAAAUUGACUGCGAAACUAUAAAAGGCAAUUAUGAAGAAGAUCCGGACGAAAUUUGUCGCCAGCAUAAUAAGGAAUAUAUACAAAGUUUUCUUAAAAAAAGAGAAAAUCCCUAUUUGUUUAUUCUUGACUAUUAUUUUUCUAAGUGA